GGGCAUCUCUUUUCAUAUAUCAUAAACUGCUUUGAAUAUUCACUGUCCUUACUAAUCAAGGAAUUGGGUUUGUUCUGGCAGUUGGAAUCUUGUUAGGAGCAAUGACUGGAGCUCUGAUAGGCCAAGAGACAGAGAACAGCUUAAUUAGAGGCGUUGCAGUUGGCACUAUCUCCAGAGUUGUUUUCUCUCUCGAGGUCUUCGAAUCAUCGCGGCUGCUAUGGCAGUCAGAUGAAUCCGGGAUCGGGUGUCUCCUAUAUUUGAUUGAUGUGAUUGCAAGCCUGUUAAGCGGUGGACUUGUUCGUGAGAGCAUGAAGCUGACUCUGCACUGCACUCCGCAUUGCAGGACCAUAGCAGAUAUAAUGAGAUAUAAUGAAAUGACGCAAAUACCCUCAUCUCAAACGGCCAUUUAACGGGAAUGCUGACGGAGGACCAAAAUUGUCCUCGUCA